CAGAGAGCUGCUAGGGUUUGUCAUUCCUACUCAAGAAGAUGGUCAGUAUUUUGCUGUUAGUUUUUAUAUUUUUUUUUCUUGUUUUUUGCAUCAUAUCAUGUUUUUAAUGCUUUUUUAUCCAUUCAUUUUGUGAUCCUGCUGCUGAAUUGUGGACUACUAUGCUUCGAUUGUUGAUGUUGUAGCCCACCUAAUUAUUUUUAGUUACAUGUUUAUCCCAAUCACCUUCUUUUCAGUUGCCCCUUUUCAAGGUUUUGUGGUUUGUGCUGAGUUCGUGAAAUCUCGCUGAUGACUUAAUAGUUAUAUACUUAUUUUGGAAAUAGUAGCCCUUUUGAAAUUUGCUGUAUAGUAGGAUGGGAUUUGAGGUGUACUUUGUGUCAAUUGGUCGAGACUUGGAAGUUUUUCUAUAAUUUCCUUUUCACCAGAUGGACCUGACACUUCUUUACGAGUCUCAACUUUUUAUCGUACCGUCUGCAUGUUUGGCGGAAGAUAAACUGCUGGUUUCUUUUUGAGUCAAUUACUGCAAUUGAUUUUUUUCCCUUACAUUCCGCGACACAAAUUGCUACCCUAGGUUACUGGGUUUGUCUCUGAUUUUUGUUAUAAAACUAUGACCAUCCAAUUUAUGUUACAGAACAAAUUGGGUAGAGGCCAUCGAGACAAGGUUCAGCAAUUCAUGACCAUUACUGGGGCCAGCGAAAAAAUUGCCAUUCACUCAUUGAAGACCAGUGAUUGGAAUCUUGAAGGAGCGUUCGAUGUAUUCUACAGUCAGCCUCAAAUUAAGACGUACACUGAUACCAGGCGCAUGGAAGAGCUUUACAACAGAUACAAAGAUCGGUAUGCUGAUAUGAUUAUGGCUGAUGGGAUCACUCUUUUGUGCAAUGAUCUUCAGGUUGAUCAUCAGGAUAUUGUUUUGUUGGUUCUUUCAUGGCAUAUGAAGGCUGCUACCAUGUGCGAGUUUUCAAAGCAGGAGUUCAUUGGUGGAUUGCAGUCCCUAGGGGUAGAUUCAUUGGAAAAAUUAAGAGAAAAAUUGCCAUUUAUGCGCUCUGAGUUGAAAGACGAACAAAAGUUCCGGGAGAUCUAUAACUUUGCUUUUGGCUGGGCCAAAGAAAAGGGUCAAAAAUCUUUGGCUUUAGAUACUGCUAUUGGGAUGUGGCAGUUGCUUUUUGCUGAAAAGCAAUGGCCAUUAGUUGAUCAUUGGUGCCAGUUCUUGCAGGCUCGGCAUAACAAAGCAAUCUCCAGGGACACUUGGUCUCAACUUCUGGAAUUUGCCAAGACCAUUGACCCUGCGCUCGCGAACUAUGAUGCUGAAGGUGCCUGGCCAUACCUCAUUGAUGAAUUUGUUGAAUAUUUGCUUGAAAAUGGCAUAAUUCAAAAGAAUCAGUACAAUGAUUGGACCAGCCAGAAGUGUUGA